UCCCGCUGCCUUCUUGUGUUUGACUCUAUUAAACAGUAACACGCUGUUACCCAGCUGUGUUUCAUCUGGCCCUUUUGGACUUGUGGAUCGACCGGUGUGAGGCACACGAGGUCUCAGCACACGAGGUCUCAGCACCCCUGAAGGGACUCUGAUAGUUCGCACUGAUCCAUGGUUUGCUGAACAGAACAAGAUUUGACUUGAUCUCUUAAACUUUGCGACAGUAAUGAUGACCUUUGACGACCUCUUGGAAGAGGCCGGGUCAUUUGGCCGCUGUCAGAGGCGAAUCUUUGCCAUGCUCUGCUUCUUGUCGUUGCCCUUUGCAGGGGUAUACGUCGGCAUCGUAUUCCAGGGUUUCACCCCUGAUCAUUGGUGUCGGGACCCAGCAGUGGUGGAGAGGAGGCAUGCAUGCGGCUGGAACCUGACAGACAGUCGCAGGCUGACGGUGCCUCUCGUCAACAACUCUGGACUGGUGCAGCACAGCACCUGCGAGCAGUAUGAGGUGGACUGGAAUGCCACAGAGCUGACCUGUGACACACAGGAACUGAACCUGAGUGGAGUCCCACUUACACCAUGCAAGGAAAGCUGGGAGUAUCAGUAUGAAGGCAGGAAAUCCUUCGUCACAGAGUUCAAUUUGGUGUGUUCAGAUGGAUGGUUGGUGGACAUGUUCCAGUCCACUCUCAAUGUGGGCUUCCUGGUCGGCAGUUUCGCUUUUGGCUACUUUGCUGACAGGUUUGGCAGGCAGAUCAGUUUCUUGGUGUCCAACAUUUUGAACGUAGUAGCAGGGAUCGCAGUGGCUGCAGCACCAAACUACAUCUCCAUCCUUGUGUUCAGGACCAUCCUUGGCUUCAGUGUCAAAGGAGGCUGGAUGACCUCAUAUGUGCUGCUCACAGAGAUUGUUGGUGUGAAGUACAGGAGAACAGUGGGUAUCUUGUACCAGAUGUUCUUCAGUGUGGGUCUCCUUAUCCUUCCUUUGCUUGCCUACUUUAUCACGGACUGGCGCUGGCUCCAGGUCACCUUCAGUGUACCCUACAUCCUCUUCGUGUGCUAUUACUGGUUUAUCCCAGAGUCUCCGAGGUGGCUCAUCUCUCAGAACCGUUCCUCCAAAGCUUUGAAGAUCACUGAAGCCAUGGCCAAAGAGAACCACAGGACACUCUCCAAGAAUACUGAGUCACUGACUGAUGGUGAAGGUGAGUCUACCUCUGCCUCUUUGCUGGACCUAAUCAGAACUCCAAAAAUGAGAAAACACACCUUCAUCCUCAUGUUCAACUGGUUCACCAGUGCUGUGGUUUAUCAAGGCCUCGUCAUGCGCUUGGGGAUAGCAGGAGGAAACGUCUACAUUGACUUUCUCAUUUCUGGCCUGGUGGAAUUUCCUGCCGCCUUCCUCAUCCUCUUCACCAUUGAACGGAUUGGCCGGCGUCUCCCAUUCGCCACUGCCAAUAUCGUAGCUGGAGCUUCUUGCUUAAUAGCUGCUUUCAUUCCUGACAGCUUGUUCUGGUUAAAGACAGCGGUUGCCUGUGUUGGUCGGUUGGGGAUCACCAUGGCCUUUGAGAUGGUGGUGUUUGUUAACACAGAGCUCUACCCCACAUUUGUCAGGAACCUGGCAGUGUCUGUUUGUUCUACUCUGUGUGAUGUUGGAGGCAUUGUGUCCUCAUUCCUGCUGUACAGACUGGCUGCUAUCUGGCUGGAACUGCCACUCAUCAUCUUUGGAGCUGUGGCAAUCAUAGCUGGAGGUUUGGUGCUAUUACUUCCUGAAACCAAAGGAGUACCUCUCCCUGAAACCAUUGAUGAUAUUGAGUUCCCUAAUUGGAAAAAGCAGAGCCAAGAAGAGAAUCAUCAAAUGAAGAAUCUUCUGAAGUCUGAAGAUCAGACGAACAACAGGGAAAAGACUACUGAAUGAUUACAUUUUAUUUCACCCAAACACAAGGAAGUAGGUUUUUAAUAUUUGUAUGAUUUCCUUGUUUCAUUUAAGUAUUGUUUUUCCAAAAUUCAUUCCUUGUUCAUUCAUUUUUUUUAAACCAGUAACAUGCACUGCUUAUAGUGUAUCCACAUCAGACAGCAGUGCUUGUAAUGUCAGAGCAAAACAGUGUAUAUAUGUUAAGACAUCCUCAAUAACCACAUUGCA